AUGAACACCUCCCACGAUAUCCGCAUGCACGAUGCCCACGCACGGCCGCUCGAGAGCAGCAAGUCGCCCGGAAUUCCUCUUCGCACGCCCCUCCACCCCUCCGUCAUUGACAAGCUCGAUCCUGCGUUUGUGAAGAUAUACAAUGAUUACAUCGCGAACGGCCCUCCCUCAUCCACCGACCUGGGGACGGUGCGCCAGAACUAUUCGGCCUUGUACUCGUAUGCUGCCGCGCCGCCAUCCGGCGUAGGAGGCAUUGGAGAGACACAAGUACCGGGGUGGAAUAAAUAUCCUGGGGACAUCAAUGUGCGGGUCUACGUACCCCCUGGUGAAGAGCCGGGCCAUCGCAAAGUGUGGCCUGUCCAUUUCAAUUUCCAUGGCGGAGGCUGGGCUGUAGGUGACCUCGAGACCGACGCCCACAUCUGCCACCACAUCUGCGCCUCUGUUCCCUGCUGCGUCAUCGAUAUCGAAUACCGGCUGAUCCCCGAGUAUCCCUUUCCCAUCGGAAUCAUGGACAGUCUCACGGCUGUCGCGCACAUUCUGGCCAACCACAAGACCUUCUCCAUCGACUCGACGAACAUGACCUUUGGCGGUGAAUCUUCUGGCGCCACUAUCGCUCUGAUCCUGAACCAUUUGUUCCGCGACGGAGGUUUCAGCGACAAACUGAAGGGUGUGAUUGUGGCCACACCCACCAUCAGUGACGUGAGAAAAUAUGCAACACCGGACAUGAGCCCGUGGCCCAGCAUGAGGGAAGCCGAGUUUGCUCCCCUCCUCAACUGGGAAAAAUUGAAAUGGUUCGACACGUUCAAAUGGAUGUCGUUGUCCAGCCAGCACCCGGGGACAAAGCCCAAGGAACAGAAGAGAGAUAUAUCGUGGUUCGCCGACGCCAUGAAUGCGCCAGAUUUCAAGAACCUCGCCCCUGUCACAUACGUGGCCACGGCAGAGGUUGAUCCCCUCAGGGAUGAGGCAGAAGCAUAUGCUAAGAAAGUUGAGGAGGCGGGCAACAAGAUUGUCCUACGACGGUUCAAUGGCAUGCCGCACCACUUCAUGCACCUGGACAGGGCGCUGCCCCAAGCCCGAGAAUACGUCCAGGACGUCAUAUCCCACGUCCGCCAGUGUCUCUACCCUCCUUCCGAACCACCUGCGAUGAAGACGCCACCGGAAACAUGA